GUCUGAGUGACACUUCAAAUAACCAAUGAAAUCGUCUCUUUGGGGUUGACGCCGACGCGUUGCUUGGUCGAUGCCAGUCACGUGACCAGCAAGGCGGGCGUACGCGGUGGCACACUGCUGUUAGCUAGUGUCAUUGUGAUCGAGCGGUCGCGUUAUUUCCAUCCAUUUUUAAAUUCCCUGCACCUUUUCUGAGGAUCUACAUUGGUGAGUGCGUCGUCUGAAGCCGCCACUGAAACGACAGCGCCUCGGAUUCCAGCUGGUGGUCGCCGACUUCCUCCUCCGUUGGUGUUAGCACUGUAUGUGCGGUAAUAACAUGUCGGCCCCUUUACCUGCCGUCGUGCCUGCUGCCCGCAAAGCCACCGCUGCGGUGAUCUUCCUGCACGGCCUUGGAGACACCGGACAUGGAUGGGCCGAGGCGUUUGCUGGAAUCAGGAUACCACAUGUGAAAUACAUCUUUCCACACGCUCUCAACAUGCCCGUCACCCUGAACAUGAACCUGUCCAUGCCCUCUUGGUUUGAUAUUUACGGCCUGAGCCCGGAAUCCAAAGAAGAUGAAAGCGGUAUCAAAAUGGCCUCUGAGAGAAUCAAAGCCAUGAUAGACCAGGAAGUGAAGAAUGGAAUUCCGUCCCACAGAAUUAUUCUGGGAGGGUUUUCACAGGGUGGAGCCCUGUCGCUGUACACAGCUCUGACGACUCAACAGAAGCUGGCUGGAGUGGUUGCUCUGAGCUGCUGGCUUCCUCUUCGCAAAACCUUCCCUCAGGAGUGUGCCAGUAGCUCCAACAAGGAGAUGCAUGUACUACAGUGCCACGGAGACGCUGACCCGCUGGUCCCCUUCGCGUUCGGCUCCAGCACGGCGGAGAUGAUGAAGACCCUCAUAAGCCCUUCCAACUACACCUUCAAGUCAUACCGGGGACUACCUCACAGCACCUGUCCCGAGGAGAUAGUGGACAUCAAGCAUUUCAUCGCGAAUCAGCUCCCUCCCCUCGGCGACGAGUAACUUUGGGAGCGGCCGCACUCUCCAUCAGCCCCUCGUUCUCCAGUCUGCUGAGCUCCCACAGACUGAAUUCCACGAUCCACUGACUAACUUGACAAUGACCUGCUCACGGUCGUAGAGCCAGAGGAGACUGAGGGCUGCUGGUCAGGCUCUGACACGGUGCUGCACUCUGACCUGGAGCCACACCAUCCUCCGUGUUACACUAGCGUAACGUUAGCUGCUUGAUUGUACAACUUUCCAUUGACAAGCCAUUUCCUGCUGGAAAUAAAGUACUGGAGUUACUAGGGCUACUCUUCAUGGUUUCAUAUCUUCAAUAAGGCCUGUUCUGUUUUCGCUUCUGCCAAGGAGGGCUUUGUCUGUCUCUUCGCAUAAUAACUGGAAACGCUGCCAUCAGGUUUCUUUUGAGGAAACCUUGGUACUGGACAAGGAACAGGUGGGUCCAUUUUCCUGGUGUUCUGGACGACCACAAGCUCCAGCAACGGUGCGCUACUGCCACCUGCUGUCUCAUUGAACUCAAUUGAAUUUGACAUUAUCUCUGGGCUAAUUCAAAAGCUACUAAAGGGAUGUAAAUAGUGGGUUAAAAAAGUGCAUGACAAAGGGUUGAAAAUGAGCUGCUUGGCGGAGCGCUGCGCUCUUUGACUACCUUUCUGGUCUCUGAAACAGUUUAGUUGACUGUUACACUUGAUUCCAUGUCAUUAUCGAGGAGUAAGCCUCGACUGUGUUGCUGCUUCUUCUAGGUUCAUGUCCUUUAAAUGAUCAGCGUAUGCAACUUUAAAAUCAUUUCAGGCUUUUGGACUGUUGGCAUUUUACUGGUUUUAUGAAUUUGGUCAACUGAAUUGUGGAAAAAGCGAAAACAUUAAACUCUAAUCUAAA